CUUCAACACGUUUUCUUGUUUAUGGAGCUGAAGCCAUUUUUCACUUUGCAAGGCCAUUGAAUAAAACCAGACCGGCCUCUAAGUAAUCUGCACACUUUUCACGAGAACUGGAGACCAUGUGGAAUCUUAGUGCCCUGUUGACAAUAUUCUGGCUGUUUUUCACUCUAACAUACGGGUCACCAGAACAUUCUCCGGAUGUCUGCGAGGAUUACUGUCAUAAAGAUCGUAUCCAGUGCAGUACUUCCUGUAAAAAGAUUCAUCUGUUCAAUAAAACACGUUUUCUAGGCUGCUCAAGAUCCUGCAAGUCUUCUUAUACAGCCUGUUGCGACGAAUGUCGUCAAAAUGUUAAAGGCAAUGGUACUAUUUUGGAGGAGUAUGCUCAAAAGAGCGCUACCAAUGAAACACAUCUGGAGACCAAUUCAACAGUCUCAUUACCAAAGUCAACUCCUAAUUUAACACCGAUUGUAAAUCAACAAUACCCUCUUCCGCCGGCAUCAGCGUGUUCCAACGUGUGUACGUCGGAGAGAUUUGGAUGCCUGAAUGAGUGUCAAUUUACACCUUUUGAUUACGGAUGCAUGCCCGAAUGUGAGGUUGAUAACGAGGAUUGUGAACGAGAAUGUCACUUUCAGGCCAAUUAUCAGAUGAAUCGUCAAAGAAUUCAAGCCAAUCAAAAACUUCUCUACUCAAUUUGUGGCAGUGCCUGUUUUAAAAACCGCUGAACAAUUGGAAAAAAGACUUAUUUAAUGUUAUUUCUGGCAAUUACCUGAAAAUAAUUGCAGAUCGGUGUACAUAAUGAUUGUUUAUCAUUAUGAGGUCUUCCGGAAGUUCGAGUAGUGUCAUUUUACUAGAACCAAUUAAUGUAUAUAUAGUAGGGAACAUAUUUAUUUCAGUCUGAUAUUUUCUCUUCAAAAAUAAUUUUUUUUAAUUUUUGUAAUAAGAAACUAAUAGACUGUUCACUUUAUUCCCUAGAGCUUUUUAUUGAUAUGUUGUUUUAUCACGAUGCUUUUGUCUCACGCAAAUAAAUAUAAAAAAAAUAUGUGUCAAGU